UUUCAUCACUAACCUCAUUCCUUCAUUCGUUUCGUUGCCAGAGUCGAAAGCACCGCUAAAUUCCCAAAAAAAAUCAAAACAGUAAAUACUUCUCCAUUUUCUGGUAAUCUGCUCAUCCAAGACACAAAGAGAGCAAAGCAGCAAAGGGCCGUAUAAUAUUCGUCAGUGACGUGCUAGACUUCGUCGGUUCACGUUUCAGAUAUAUACUUGGGUUUUUCGACGUCUCUCAAAGGAAGAUGAGAAGGAGCGUGGUUUUCUCAGUCUUGCUGCUGGCUUUGGCCAUUUUCUCGGCUUCCUGUUUCCAGCUAGCUGAAAUGAGGCCGCUCAAGGAAGGUGGUGAUGGUGAUAAUUAUUCAUUGCUGUUACAGUCCCUGCAGAAGGGUCCGGUGCAAGGGUCGGGUCCCAAUCCAUGCACCAACAUCCCCGGCCGGAACCAGGGAACCUGCACACGUGCUGUGGCUGCGAUGAACGUCGCCGGCGAUGUAUUCGCCCGAUCGCCGCAGCCGCCUCUUGCAGCUUCUCGUAUCGCCGUUUCUAGUCGUCCACAAUUUUCUUGGAGUUCUUGACCUUUUUUUUAUGCAUGGUUUCAUUUUAUGAAUAGUUGUUGGCCAUUAUUCAUGCUAACAAAUCGUGUGAGUUCUGUGAUUUAAUUUAUUUAUUCCCUUUGAUGUAAAAAAGAAAAUUAAAAUUAGAUU